GCCUGAACCAAUAUGGAUGUUAUACCUUGCAUCAGAAGUAUAGCACCAACACCUAAUUAGCUCUCUCCUGAGCCCAAAGUCACUGAGCCCAACUCUCUCUUCAUGAUGCAGUGUGUGGUUUGAGAUAAAUGAUAUAACAUUAAGGUCAAGGUGGUUGAAUCUCAAGCAGUAGGGAGGCGGAAGCAAGCCAAGGGAGCUCCGUACCCACUGAUCCCACAGGACUCACUGAAGACACCGGAACUGUACUUGCAGUGUUGGGUUUUAAUGCACUCUGUAUUGUGGCUAUCUGUUUAUCUCCUGAAGAAUAGACUUUGGGGAGACAAAAAACAGGAGGGAAGGGACACGGAGUUGUAAGGUAGUUGGGUGGGCUCUAAAAAGCAGACAAAGGAUUUGGGUUUUUUUUAAAAAAAAAUUAUAACAAUUUGCUUUGAAGAAUUGGGGGUUGCAAAUUUUAGGAUUCUAACAAAAGCUAUUAGAUCAGGGGCACAACAGAAUCUGAUUUUGGCGUAACAGCAUUAUUGCAUGCAGUUGGAUAUCAUAGAUGUAACUCCUCUCAGCUAACUCGCAUCCUCUGUUUCAAGAGUUUGUAUGAUUUGAAAAAAAUAUAUAUAUAUAACACCCUCAUUUUGAUUAUCAUUCAGUCCGCUAUAUUGGACCCAGGGCUGUUGAAUAUCAUAGUUUUUUUUUUUAAUUUUUUUUACUUGUUUUAAGUAUGGUUAACGUAACAUAGCCUGCAGGUGUAGUUAAGUAAGGACUACGGGGUAGGAAGUUCCUUUAAUGGGACCCUGCCUCCUCUCAUACUUUCCCUUCCAUGUUUCAGCGACGACGUGUUCUUUUCUCUCCCCCCUUCGUGUGUGUGUUACAGCACCCCGAUAGCAAGAUGAUGCAGAUUAACCUGACUGGCUUCCUGAACGGCAAGAAUGCCCGGGAAUUCAUGAAGGACCUAUGGCCCCUGUUGCUCAGUGCCCAGGAGAACAUUGCUGGUAUCCCCUCUGUCUUCUUGGAACAAAAGAAAGAGGAAAUUAAACAAAGACAGAUUGAACAGGAGAAGCUUGCUUCUCUAAAGAAGAUGGAUGAGGAUAAGAAAGAAAAGGAUAAAGACAACAGAGAGAGGGCUCAGUCAAAGAGUCCAAGGAGGCGGAAGUCAAGGUCGCCAUCACCUAGACGACGGUCACCGGUGAAACGAGACAGGAAGCACAGUCCCUCGCGCUCCCCACGACGCAAGUCUAGUCCAGGUGGUACCAAUUCACCUCCACCAGCACUGAUGCAAUUGCCCCUGAAACCUGAGGAGCACCAUUUGGAACCUGAAAGAGCAGAGAGUGCCAUACCAGUGGCUCCAGUUGUGCAGGAGGCCCCUUCUACUGGCGAUGUUGAGGUGAUGAAAUCUGACUCUGUGGUUGAAGUCAAAGAGCCCUCCCCAGACAAGACCGUCAAGAAAGAGGAGAGGCCCAAGUCCCGGGAGAGGGAGAAGGACAGCAGGAGGGACAGGCCUCGGCACCGCUCACGCUCCCACUCCCGCUCUCGCAGACGACGCUCUCGUUCUAGAUCUUACUCCCCUCGCAGAAGACCAAGCCCUAGGAGGAGGAUGUCCCCUCGCCGUAGGAGCCCCCCCAGGCGUGGCCCCCAGAGUUCCAGACACAGGCACAGACGCUCCCCUGUCCGCAGGAGGCGUACUCGCUCUGCGUCAUCUUCAGGCAGCAGCUCGUCCACUUCUCGAUCACCUAAGAAGGCUGUGAAAAGAACAUCUCCAACACCACCUCGAAAGCAGGCAUGCCAUCCUGACGCCUCACUCAGCCCAUCAGGCAAGGACAGACGCUCACCAUCCCCACGAGGAAGGAAGGGCCGGGGCUCUGCCUCCCCAUCAAGAUCAUCUGGUUUAAAGCGAAAGCAGAAUGAUUCUCCAUCUGAUAAUAUCAAAGCCAGAGCAUCGGAGGGGUCUGAGUCAGAGGAAGAUAAAAAUGAGAAGGGGGCAACUGCAGACUCUGUGCAGCAGCGACGUCAGUAUCGCAGGACAAAUCGGGAAUCAUCUUCAGAUUCAGGAUCUUCCUCUUCAUCAGAGGAUGAGGGACCAAAGAGGCCAGCAGGAGGGCCAGGAGCCAGGAAUGGUGAGGUGAAGAGGAGGCGCAGCCACUCGGCCUCUCCACGGAGACGACACCGGGAUCCCUCUCCUAGGAAGAGACGUUCUCCUUCUCCGGGGGGACGCAGGCGUCGCUCCCCCUCUCCCCCACGCCGCCGCCGCUCUCCCUCUCCUGCCAGACGCAGGUCUCCAUCCCCACCUGUUCGUAGACGAUCUCCAUCCCCCAGACGGUACUCUCCCCCAAUCCAGCGCCGCUAUAGUCCCUCACCACUGCCCCCUCCAAAGAGAAAGCUGUCAGGCUCGCCCCAAAAGCGCUCUUCUCCAGGGGCAAAGCGACGCCCAUCCAGGUCCCCCAAGCGCAGGAGUUCUCCUGUUCAAAAGAGACGCACACCUCCCUCCUCCACAUCACCUCCCAGGCACAGGAGGAGCCCUAUGUUGUCUUCUAACCGGCCAAUCAGGGACAAGCGUUCCCCUGCUGCAGCAACUAACCGCCUCUCCCCAUCCCCUGCCAACCGCAGUCGCACUGCAAGGGCCUCCAACAGUCCUCAGGGGCGUUUUGAGACUUCCAGCGCCUCCCCUCCAAGCCAGAGGAGGCAGCAGUCCCCUCCCCAUAGUGGCAGACCCAUUCGCAGGGUGUCCCGGACUCCAGAACCACGCAAGAACCAGAGAAUAUCUUCGAGUCCUCCGCCUAUGAGGAGAGCAUCCUCCAGGUCAAGAUCAGUUUCCCCUCCACCAGCAGCUCAGAAACGCCCAGCCCCUGGCUCUGCCUCACCUUCACCUGCCCGCUCUAUUAGUGGAUCUCCACCCCCAGCCAAAAAAGCCAGCAGUGGCUCUGGCAGCCAAUCCCCGAGCAAGAACUCUGAUGUGGAGGCCGGGGGAAAGAAAAAGAAGAAGAAGAAGGAAAAGAAACACAAGAAAGACAAGAAACACAAAAAACAUAAGAAGCAUAAGAAGGAGAAGAGUGGCGGUGCUGGGGCCGGAGAUGGCCAAGAGAACCAGGGGAUAGAUGAGGACGCAGAUUCAAAAAAGGAAUCAGACAGUGAAGUAGAGGAUAGCCUGGAUGACCUGGAGAAGCACCUGCGAGAAAAGGCCCUGCGCUCCAUGAGAAAGGCACAAAUGUCCCCAUCACAAAUGUCCUGAGAACUGGGGCAUUUCACUCAAUGUCCCCCCCCCCCCCACACACACACACACACACACACACACACACAACUUCCAUUACCCUUUUUUGAAGUAUGUUUUUAAUUUGGUUCAGCUUUAGAAUGUAUAAACAACUUUGUCUUUUUGUUUCUGUUUAUGGAUUUGGUAUGUUCUGAAGAAUAGGUUUAAUUAAGAUUUCACUUUGAUGGAGGUUUUUUUUUUUUUUUAAGAACCCAUCGUGUAAUAUUAGUGUGUAUUAUCUAAACCGGUGAAAGUUUUUGUUGCUACUCUUUUUAAGUUAUCAAGGAAGGAAACGGUUUAAACACCAAGGUUUGCAUUGUGCAGGAUUUUAAAAAUUUCACACAACAGUAGAUUCCAUCAGAAAUUGAUUGCAUGUGCAGUGAUUGUCUCUGAUGUGCAUGACCCAUUGACCCAUUGGAGUGUAGACGGAAGCUAACAUUGGCAGCAUACUGUUGCUACUGCCUUUAUCAGUGGAUAUAGUGAGCCACUGCUAUUACUCUGUGCACUAUAAAGAUGGUUGUAACAGAAUGUCUUGUCCCAUUUUGUACUGUUAUAGAGGUGUUUGGCAUUGUUCGACCUUGCUAUUGUUUCUGGCUCUGAAACAGUCUUGUUUCAAGAUCGUUAUGGUCUGACCUAAUGCAGAGUAGUCUUUAAUUUUUCAAAUUCAUUGAUAUGCAGUUUUAUGUUAACACUCUAGAAUUAAGCCAAGCGUUUCUGUGGGAGUGUGAAAUGGAUUUAGUACUCCUGGCUUUUGUCAUCCUUUCAAAA